AGGGGUGGGGGCCAGUGCAGAAAUGAGGUCAAAAUGUGGCAAAAAGAGACAGUCGGAGCAUGCAGGCUUGCCGUUUCCAGUCUCUCGCCAUUUGGGGUAAAACGCCUUCAUGCCUCUUUACCUUCUCCUCUAAAUUUAGCAACUCUUCCCCCAAGUUGUUCUUUUGGGUGAUUAUUACGCUAAAUCUCUCUCUCUCUCUCUCUCUCUCUCUCUCAUUAUAUUGUUGUGUGUAUGUACACGCGUUAUACAUAUAUAGAGGGAAAGAAAGAUUUUUGGGACAAUCUUUGUGGGUUUUUGAUCGAUUGAGUUUUCGCUUGUUGGGUCUGGAGGGCUCAGAAAUGGGGAGGGGGAAGAUUGAGAUCAAGAGGAUAGAGAAUCCGAACAGCAGGCAAGUUACAUUCUCCAAAAGACGUGUCGGGCUGCUCAAGAAGGCUCGAGAACUUUCCAUUCUCUGCGAUGCCGAAGUUGCCGUCAUCGUUUUCUCCAACACCGGCAGGCUUUUCGAGUUUUCCAGUGCUGGCAUGGACAGAACACUCUCAAGAUACAACAACCGUCGGAAUUCUUCAGAGGCUGAUUUAGUUGAACCAAAAGAAGAGAAACAAGAGUCCCUGGAGGUGAACAUUCUGAAAGAUGAAGUUAAAGAGCUGAAAUUGAAACAAAUGCAGCUGUUGGGUAAAGACCUUACCCACUUAGACCUAAAAGAACUGCAAAAUCUGGAAGAGCAGCUAAUUGAAGGAUUAUCAUCUUUGAAGGACAGAAAGGAACAAUUGCUGAUGCAACAACUGGAGCAAUCAAGAGUUCAGGAACAGCGGGCUGUCAUGGAGAAUGAGAUUUUACGCAAACAGGCAAAUAGAACUUCUGUUGAUACAAUAAUCUUCUUCUUAUGGUAUCUUGUCUUUCUGGAUGAGAUAUCAUAUCUGAAAUUCAUGUUCUCUGCCAGGUUCAGGAGCUCUGUCGUUUUCUUCCAUCAAAUGAACGUUUGGGUUCACCUUAUCAUGUCUAUCACCCCAUGGAAAGAGAUGAUUAUCCUGUCAAACAACAUGCUCUCAGUCUGGAGGUUGAUAAUUGUGAAGUUGAUCUGCGAUUGGGGCUUUCUUCUGGAGUUUGUCAGGAGGAAAUGAAGGCACUAGCCCCGAAAGAAACUCAAUCCAGCAACUCUGGUAGCCAGAUGAGUCUGCUCUGAACCGUUGCUUCGAGCUUGUCCAGGUUUAGACAAUAGGAAUAGCUAAAUAUACAGCAGUAGCCAUUAUAUAUAUAUAUAUAGAUUACAGUUUGUUUGAGUUUGGCAGCUUGGCAUAAGAAACUAUAUUAUUAGCUAGGACGGGCAACAGAUGUUUGAUCUUUGAAGCGACUUCGCCGGUGGCUGAGAUCAAGGAAUUGGUGGCUUUCCAAAGGCCAGAUUCAUCAAAAUGCCUGUGUAGACAAACAGAUAAGUUGGGAGAGAAAAGGAGCAGCAGUUUUGGUUGGUCUCAUCCAAUGUCUCUGUAAUGAGUUUGGGGCAUAUACUAUUUUCUUGCUUGUUUGCUCGCUCGCUUUCUUUAUGCCAAGAAGCAAGUUUGAUAGAAACUUUAUGACAAAUCUCCAUGGUUUAGCUUGAUUUCUGCAUUUUCUUUCUCAGCAUAUAGGCUAUCUCUAUCGCAGUCACAGUGCUUCCUCCAAGCAAAACUCCUUCUUCACUCUUCCAUGGCUUCCAUUUUUCAAUCCCCUGCUUUGUCAAUGAACUGAGAUGGUCUGGCAUCCAGAGUCUAGAAAACGAAGGGGCUAUUGGCACCCAUUAAGUUUUCAGCUUACGGUUGUUGA